AUGAGUGACGAAGUUAAUAAAACUAAUGACAUCCAAAGUGAUAAAGAGAUUAAUGAAAGUGAAAUUGAAUGUUGUGAUGAUUCGUUCGAAGAUGAAGGUAAAACGGAUGAAACAGAUGACCUUUACAUUGAUAGACAAUUUGUAUCAUGGCAAGAAGGAUUUGGAUACAGAAAGGAUCGCUCAAAGAAAGAUAAUGAAAAUAGUGAAGAGAUUAUAAAGCGAACAUUUAUGUUUAAUUGUCUAUGGCAUGUAAAUAUACAUAAAAAGCAUGGAGUUUAUAUCGUAACAACCUUCAUUGAUGAACACAAAGGACACAUUCUUAACCUUCAAACAACACUUGAAGGAGAUGUUAUGGCAAGCAAGCAAUAUCGGAUGCUUACAAACAAUAUCAGCAACGUUCUAUUAGACAAAAAGAAUAAUGAAUCAGGAUGGGUUGUAGAGUAUCAAUUAGAUGCAACAUCACAAGCUCUUACACAUUUAUUGUGGAUGGAACCUCAACAGGUUAAAUUAUACAUUCGCUAUGGUUCUGUUGUCAACACUGCAAAAACCAAUAUGAGCUUAGGUGUUAUAAAUCAAAUACUUGGAAUUUAUCCAUUAGUAAUCAUUACAGAUGCUGAUCCUGCAAUUGAUACCACUAUUACUCAAAUCUAUCUCUUAACAAAACAUUUGCAUUGCAUUUGGCAUAUAGAACUAAAUAUUCCUAAAAAUUUGAAAGAAAGACUAUGUGAAGAUUAUAAAACCUUUGCAAAAAAGUUUUUUCAGUGCUGGAAUAAACUCAAUAUUGAAACAUUUGAAUGUAAAUAUGCAAAUUUAAUAGAAAAUUAUCUAACUGUAAAAAGUUACCUUGAAUGGUUAUAUAAGAGUAAAAGUUUAUAG